AUAAAUCCGUAGCUGGCUGGUCCUCGUUGGCGGCGAAGAGUUGCGCUGCACCGCUGUGUAGCAGCUUGCUGGUUCUCAUUUGGCGUCGGCGAAGAGUUGCGUUGCACCGAUCAUCAUUCGCAUGGAUCCGGCGGCAGAGAAGAAGAGGAUGUGCGUGACCGGAGCCGGAGGCUUCAUCGCCUCCUGGCUGGUGAAGCUGCUGCUCUCCAAGGGAUACGUCGUCCACGGCACCAUCAGAGACCCGACUGAUCCCAAGAAUGCUCAUCUAAAAGAACUGCACCCCACAGCCACAGAGAACCUUCAUUUGUUUAAGGUCGAUUUACUCGACUACGAGUCUGUUGCCUCGGCGAUUGAAGGAUGUGAAGGGGUGUUCCAUCUUGCCAGCCCUGUCCCUUCUAUCAGAGUGCCUAAUCCAGAGGUAGAUGUCAUUGAACCCGCUGUUACAGGCACUUUGAAUGUUCUCAAGGCAUGCUCUGAAGCAAAAGUUCAGCGAUUGGUAGUGGUUUCAUCCGUUGCUGCAGUCGUAGUGAGUCCAGAUGCAAUGGAUAAGAUCUCGGACGAGGGCGCAUGGUCCGAUGCUGAAUAUUGUCGGAAAACCGAGAAUUGGUACUGUCUUUCAAAAACACUAGCAGAGCAUGAGGCACUGAACUAUGGCGAGAAGCAUGGACUCGAUGUUGUGACUGUUUGUCCAGCUUAUGUCAUCGGACCGUUGCUCCAACCCACUUUGAAUGCUAGCAGCAUGGUUCUCAUCAAUAUGCUGAAUGGUACCCACAACUCCAUGGACAACAUAUUAUACUAUUUUGUGGAUGUUCGGGACGUAGCUGAUGCACUAUUUCUGGUCUACGAGAAACCAGAAGCAUCAGGGCGAUAUAUCUGUGGACCUUGUGAAGUGAAACUCUCUGAUUUAAUACAUAUGCUAAGGAGCUUAUACCCAAAUUACAAAUAUCCUGAAAAAUUCACAGAAGCAAAGGGUUUCACACUGCAUUCAGAGAAGCUGGAGAAGUUAGGGUGGAGAUAUAGAACGCUGAAGGAAAGCCUCAUUGAUAGCAUUGAAUUUUAUCGAAAUGCCGGUCUUAUAGACAAUGCUUAAACUACAUCUUGCUAGUUGAUGUUGUAUUAUUACGGAAUGAGGAAAUAAGGAGAUGCUAAUGAACCUAUAAAGUUUGUGAUAGCAUCUGAAUGAAUUCAUUGGGUUGUUUGAAUCAAAUGAGUUGUUAUUAAGAUUGUGACACUUGAAUUCUUGUGGAAAAUGAGGAUUUAGAGAUAUUGUCCAUUUAA